AUGGCAGCCCACAGGGAAAACAGCAUCUUCCCAGCCAGUCCCUACCACAUCCCUGGCUAUGAGGGCUUCAUCCCCCAGUACAGCAACUGCUUUGGAGAAACCUUUGGGAAAACCACCCACCGCCUGCUGACAGACCCCGAGGUGGUGAGGAGCCCCCACCCCCUGCUGGCACCACUGCACAAACUGAGAUUCAUCGAGGAUUUCAGUGGGGGGAAUCCUGAUGUCCAGGGUCACCUGCCAGGACGUCCAGGGUAUUUUCCCUAUGAGAAACCUGGGAAUGUGCCAAAUGUUCCUGGCCUGACUCUGGGGCCAAAACCUCCCCAGCUGGGGUCAAGGCCAGCAGAGGAGGAGCUGCUGCUGAUGCUGCACAGGGACCGUGCCCCCGAGGACCACCCUGGGGAAUACAUCCCAGCACCACGACUGCCCCAGGGAUACCACCUGAGGGCUUCCUGCUACCCCAGCUCCAACGGGAGGGUUCCUGGGACCAUCUGGACCUGGGGACAAGAUCAAAGCAGAGGACCUGGGCAGCUGAGCAAAAAGGUUGUGAAAAUGGAAGGUGUGAAGCUGCCAGAAUGGGCUGAAGCCAGGGAUGGGAAGGAAGAGGAUCAGGUACUGAGACUGGAUGUGCCCCGGAGAAUCCAACAGAAAGUCAUCUCAGGUUAUGCUGGAUUCAUCCCACGCCUCACCUGGAUCCAUGGGGUGAAUUAUCUCCAGAGUGUGAAGGAAGCCAUGAGGGAAUUUGACCACUACCAGUUUUUGCAGAGAAACCCAUCCAGCAGCUUUGGCAAGAGAUAUCCCCAAACCUACUGGCCAGGCCACAGGAUUUACACCAGUGCUGGGCUGAUCCCUUUCUACACAGGCUUUGUACCAGAACUCCGCCACAUCUACGCCCUGACUUUUGGGAACAGCACCCGGAAAGCUCACCAGAAGGAAAAGAGGAGACGAGCUCGUGCACUGUGA